UAAUUUUCACAGAAGUCCUUCAAACGAACCCAAAGCAUAUAUACAGCGAUGUGAGGAAGGUAUACUUCAGAUUGCAGGGAUGUUUUCCAGACGUGUGAAACAGGUAUUCAAGUAUGGGAGUCUGGCAGCAGUGGGAGUUGGUACGGCCUACGCCAUCAAAAACAAUGAUUGGGAGAUGUCAACCAUUGGGGUUGUACGCUUUGGACGUGCAGCAGGCACUGUUGCACGGGUAGUUGUUGAUUAUAAGUGGUCACUCAGGAAUAUAGACCCAAAUAGUAAGGAAUACCAGAAUACAAAGUCUGAGGUACACACACGAUCAGCAGUUCGCUUGCGAAACAUGUGCUGUGCGAAUGGAGGGGCAUUCAUCAAGGUUGGCCAACAUCUGGCCACCCUGGACUACCUCCUGCCAGAGGAAUACACACAGACCCUACAGGUCCUGCACAGCGAUGCCCCUCAGUCCCCAAUUGAAGACCUGCUCAGAGUUUUUGAGGAGGAAAUUGGGAAAAAGGUUGAGGAUAUGUUUGAGUAUUUUUCCCCUGAACCACUGGGCACAGCCUCCCUGGCUCAAGUACACAAGGCAGUCACCAAGGAUGGUCGUGUGCUUGCAGUGAAAAUACAGCAUCCCAAAGUCAAGGCCCACUCCUAUGUGGACAUCAAAACCAUGGAGUUUCUGAUCCACCGAGUGGCAUGGGUUUUCCCGGACUUCCAAUAUGUGUGGCUUGCUGAGGAGACAAAGAAGAACCUCCCUAAGGAACUUGACUUCAUGCGGGAAGGGGAGCAUUGUGAACGUGUGGAAAAGAUGUUUGCGAAAUUCAGCUUUCUUAAGGUACCAAAAAUCUACUGGGAGUUCUCCAGUGGGCGUGUUCUCACCAUGGAGUAUUGUGAAGGGGGCAAGGUCAACGAUCUCGAGUACAUGCAGAAACACAACAUUGAUGUCAACGAGGUAUCUCGCGACCUGGGUAAGCUGUACAGUGAGAUGAUCUUUGUGAACGGUUAUGUGCACUGUGACCCCCAUCCUGGUAAUGUCCUUGUUAACAAGACCAACCAAGGCACACAGAUUGUACUUCUAGAUCAUGGCCUUUAUCAGACACUGACGGAUGAUUUCCGGAUCAACUAUGGCAAACUGUGGAUGUGUUUGAUACAGGCAGACCUUCCCGGGAUUGAGAAAUACUCAGGUCGCCUGAACGUGGGCAAACUUUACCCCCUGUUUGCCUGCAUGAUCACAGCUCGAUCCUGGGACUCAAUUACCACAGGCAUAGACAAACGGAAGGUCACAGAGGCUGAGAACCAGGAGCUGUCGGACAAUGCAGGGACCUACAUGAUACAGAUCUCCGAGGUUCUCAACAGUAUACCACGCCAGAUGCUGCUUAUUAUGAAGACAAACGACGUGUUACGAGGCAUUGAGACAGUGCUUCACACCAGGGCUAGUGCCUCCUACUUUAUAACCAUGUCCCGGUGUUGUAUUCGCGCUAUGGGAGAACACAAGCUCAGACAUUGUGGUGGCCUACUGGCUGCGUGUAGGACCAGGCUGUAUACACAAUGGCAGCUGAUCAAGAUCGACCUGUAUGAACUCUUUCUGUGGAUCAAUAGCUCUAUGCUAGCGAGAUGGCUUUUAAAGAAAGAAAUUGAAUGUGAGACUUGAUGAAAGCUUGUCAUAGAUACCAAUUAUCUAGACAUUUUUAAAUUACGAGUGAUUAAGCAUCUAGUCCUGGCAAGGUUUUGCUCCUCAGAUGACUGUAGAAGAUUUCUCAGUGAACCAUUAGUAUUUUUUUAAGUUAGUUCAAUGCCAUAACCAGAUUAUUUAAGUUUUUCAUAUCAUGGGAUGGUCGGCCUAUUUUAUUUAUUUCUUUAAUUUUCUGGUACGGGUAUUCCGAAGAACACAGUGCAUUUUUUUCCAAAUGAAGACUUCUGACUUGUGGCCAAAACCCCAUGAUGCGACACUUUUAUGUUUAAUUUUUUAUGAUUGUAAAUUUUUAUACCAUAUAUGUUAUUAGACUUUUAAAAUCUUAUAUCAGAGUUUUAAUGAAAUUUUAUGCAAUGUACAACUUCAACCAACCAACUCACUUUGAUGCUUCUUGUUCCUGCUGUUUAUUUCUUUAAAGUACUGGAUGUGUAGUUUUAAAUUCAUUUACCAUUAUUUACAAAACUGUGAUAAUAAUUUUUUAAUACCAGUAUGUAUUAUGUUAGUAUCAUUGUAGCUGUGACAAUUGAAUGCAAAAAGAAUAAAAAAAGACAAAUAACAUUGGGCUUUGUAAAUUGAUAUUAAAAUAAUUUAGGUAUUUUUUUUGUUUUAUUUUAUACUCGGGGAAGAUUAUUUAUUCACCAAUUUCCUCGGGCUACCAUAAAUUUUGUAAUAAGAGCCAAUAAUUUGCAACCUUGCAUUAAA